AUGUCGCGUCAAACUUUUGACGAUUCUUAUGGACCAUCUCGUCGUCGUGUAACCCUUCAAUCGCAUCAACCAUCGGAUAGUUCAUCUCGACGAAAUGUACAUCCAACAUCAAGAGAUUUUGCUUAUCAAUCUACUUUUCAACCCUAUCAACAAAGAAAUAUUGCGUCCCCUCCUUCUCAUUCUCCUCAUCAUUAUCAUGGAGAAUAUUCUCAUUCCAAUGGACAUCCAAAUUCAACAAGAUCAUCAUCCAAUCGUAUGAACAAUGUAUAUGACGAUCAACCGAAUCGACAAUAUCGAUUAGAACCUCCUUCUAUGCGUUCACCUGUACGCCAUCCUCAAUCAUAUCAUGCUGACCAUCAGGAUUCUUCUCAUUCAUCUAAUCGUCACUAUCUUAAUAGUCAACAACCAUCAACAGACUAUUCUUCAGCUUCCCAAUUAUAUCGUCAUGAUCAAAAUUAUCCAAGAUAUGAAAGAAAUUCUGAUCAAUAUGAUCGAAUACAUCAUCGAGAAGAAACUCAUCCCUCCCAAUCGUAUCCACAACAUUCAAGCCAUCGAUCGGUCGACAUUCCAUUAGAAUAUCAACAUUCAAAUGCUGUUCGAUCUUUCGAUCAUCCUUCAUCUUCCUUGCAUAAUCUUCCAGUUGAUCGGCCGUCUGAUCCAGCUUCUAUUCUAAAUCAUGUUCUACAAACUUUUUUUGGCGAACGUAAUCCAUCAUUCCGCAAUGAUGAUGUUGAUCAUUCAACUUUAGAUCCAAUGAGUCUAUUUGCUGCUGCAUUGCUGGGCGGAAGGCCUAAUGUUUUUACUGCUCCUGGUGCUCUUCAAAUUCACUUUGGCGACCUAUUCGAUUUACUUCCUCGUGAUGAACCACCUUCCGUUGGUCUAUGCGACAAUGAUAUCGAACGUUUACCUACGAUGACUUAUCGAAAAACAAGUAAAUCGAGCUCCACUGACGAGAAAUGUGCAAUUUGUUUAAGUGAAUAUAAAACGGGCGAAACUGUCAAACGUUUACGAUGUAAACAUUUCUUUCAUCCCGAAUGUAUUGAUCCAUGGCUAAAGACGUCAACGCAAUGUCCAAUCUGUCGUGGUCAACAAACUAAUUAA